CCAUCCUAGCAAUCAUUAUGUCAUAUAUUCUAACACACCCAACUUCUAAAAUUCCCUUCUUCCUCUUCUAUUUAUAUCUCUUUUUCUUCUUCUUGCUUUGAUUAAAACAAGGAGCCAAAAUCAUGGGUGUUUUGGAAUAUAUAGCAAGUUUUUGUACAAUCACAACUAGCACAAACAACAAGAAGAAAUCAAUGCAGACAGUUGAAAUAAAAGUGAAAAUGGACUGUGAUGGAUGUGAAAGAAGAAUCAAGAAUUCUGUCAAGCAUAUGAAAGGUGUAAAAUCAGUGGAAGUUAUUAGAAAGCAAAGUAAAGUGAUAAUAAAUGGCUAUGUGGAUCCAAAUAGAGUAUUGAAGAAAAUAAAGAGUACUGGAAAAAGAGCAGAAUUUUGGCCAUAUGUACCUUAUAAUGUGGUAUAUUAUCCACAUGCACCACAAGCCUAUGAUAAAAGGGCACCUGCUGGUAUGGUUAAAAAUGUGCCACAAGCACUACUUGCCCCAAAUGCUACUGAAGAAAAAUUUGCUUACCUUUUUAGUGAUGACAAUCCAAGUGCUUGUUCCAUUAUGUGAUCACGAUCAUCGAGAUUUGAAGUUUAUGAGUUUUGAUGUUAUUUCUUUAUACUUAUAUAUAGGCCGUCUUAGUUACUGAGUUUGUGAUCAUAAUAAAUUUUCUAAUACAAAUAUAGAGUCUAAGCAAAAACUGUUGAGUCAUUCUUCUGUUACACAUUGAGAUCGUCAAGGGUUAGCAACCACCUACAUCGCGUGAAUCUCGAGAAGGAUGGCUGCUUUAAAGAAAGAACAAAAAAAAAUAUUUUCACAUAUAUUUUCAUUGAUGAGUGUUUUUUUUUUUUUGGGGGGGGUUUUGCCCUAUAAGUAUAGGAAGAAGAUUUUGAUAAAUAUAAUGUUUACCUUUAUGAUCA